UUCCAAGUGUUGACAUCAAUCCUGCGGUGUUACAAUAUCGAAAAAAACCGUUAGAAUUCAAUAAAAAAUAAUAAAUAUUAAAUAAAACUAAUAUACUGUGAAUUGUUUAAAUUAACUACAAUCAGUGUUGAAAAUAUACAGUUGUUGGUAUUUGUUACUGCUACUGAAACCUAAAUACAUUUUACCAUUUAACGAGUUAAUACUACUAUAUCAACAGCAACCAACCAUGAUCAGCAUUUUGAAAUCCCUGAUUUUAUUCACAAUCUUCAUGACCAUUACAAUGGUUCAUAUUGCGGCUCGACCACAAAAUGCACUUGACUCCAAUCAGGCAUUGGAUACGAUUGAAUCGGAUGUCGAUGAAAUGCAAAAUUCGUACUAUGACUUGCCCCUACAACAACCACAAAAUGUCUACCCUAGUAUACCAUUGGAUCGUUUGCAAAUGCUCAUUGCUCGUUACAACAGACCCACAGCCUAUUUGCGCUCUCCAUCUGUUGCUGGUUUGAAUGAACUAUACCGUGUGCCCGAAUCAAAACGUCAAGUCAGAUAUCGGCAGUGCUACUUCAAUCCCAUUUCAUGCUUUAAAAAGUAAAUUUUAAAAUAAACUUAUUUAAACACGCGUACGUUUGAUUCAAUUCAAACAACAACUAAAUGUUUUCCUCAAUAUAAUAGAAAUUAGUAAAUUAAUAUUUCAAAUACCUACUAAAUGAUAAUUUAAAUCCUAUUUCAUAUAUAGUCUAGAAAAUAACAAUUAUAUUUCCUUAUUCUUUUCUUUUUGAUCUCAAUGUAACUAAUUUUUCAUAGUGUAAAUGUAUUCAUUGUAAAAAAGCCCCAGUUUUAAAAUAGAAUUUCUGUUUUCGGUUUCAACAUUUCGCCAUUUUAUUAUGUACCGUUUUUUAAUAACUAUAGUCAGUUUGUUGUAAUUGAAUCCAUUAAGAAUGAAAUCUUUAGUUUGUUUUGUUUGGUUUAUUGGUUUAUUUUUUUAUACUAACAAUCAAGUCAAAUGUAUUGAAAUCAGUUUUAAAUUAACAAGAAAGGGGAAACGAAGAGCAUAAUCUUGUAAACCUUAAAUUCUAAGUUUUGGAUAAAAUAUUUAUGUAAAAGAAACAUAUACAUAUGUAGUUCAAUAUAAUUGUUAUUUAAAUAAUUUCAUUUAAUAUGUACCUAUUAUUUAUUAUUAUUAAUCAAAUAUAUUUAAAACAAAUGGUAUGCAUAUGGUGUGGUACAACAUAAAAUAUUUAAAUACUAAGUAAAUGUACACAAUAUUUCAAUUAAUGUAUGUAUUUAUUGUUUAAAACUUGGGUAUUGUUGGCGUCUAAUGAACGUUAUACUCGUACCACUGUGCGAAUUAGUACAUUUCUGUUUUACUCGUACGACGUUCAUUGUACACCCGCACAUACCAGCCCUGACACUCUUUCUCCAAUUACUAUAAUAAUUACCAACAAAAUAAUAAAAUAUUUGUACAAAAUUCAUAAACCUGUAACCAUUAUGUCGAUUGUAAAUUAUUAAACAUACAACCAAUAUACAUAUAAUUCAAAGACAAAAAGAAAAUAUUUAAUAAAAAAAAAACAUUAAUUUAAGUGUAA